AUGAGUGACUACAAGUAUUCGGCUCACCUCCUGAAGGAGUUGAUCAUUCGGAUCCCAUUGGUUUUGAAGACCCUUCUUCUUCAUGGCAUACAAAUGUCACCCGGAGCGGGGAAACAAGAUCUUCGGACAGAAAUCACGACAGCCAUGAUUCGAUCCUUCAUGACAUUCAGCGCUCCUGUUGAUAAGACGCAGAAGAACAGCAUGCGUGAUCCGGGUGUCAAGGGUCCAAUGUGGGUUUCGAAAGUGACCUUAUCGAGACCAGAGUUCGAUGUACGCGACGCAGUGGUCCGCGCAAUCGAGGAUCUCAAGACAACUGGCAAUGAGACAUUCGCUUUACCUCCAGUCGCGGACGUGGAGGCUGAGUGGACAGGAUUUCGCAGUGGUGUAGGCAAGAGAACACCUCAACCCGAUCUCUCGGAGGAAGAGAAGUAUCAAGAGCUUCGCAAAGAGUCUACCUCGGAUAUGACGAUCCUCUAUUUCCACGGCGGCGCUUACUUCUUGAUGGAUCCUUGCACGCAUCGGGUGCCUGUGGCUCACCUCUCGCGUCUCACUGGCGCUCCGAUCCUAUCCGUGCGAUACAGACUUGCGCCGCAAAAUCCUUUUCCUGCGGCCCUAGUUGAUGCUUUGACGGCGUACCUCUCAUUGAUCCAUCCGCCUCCUGGCAGUCUUCACAAACCAGUCCCCGCGAACAAGAUUAUAAUCGCAGGUGAUUCGGCCGGCGGUAAUCUGUCUCUCGUCCUGUUACAGACUCUACUUACGUUGAAGCGCGCGUCUCGACCUGUGCGCUUUCAUGGACAAGACGUGGACAUUGAGCUGCCAGGGGGAGUGGCUCUAAUUUCGCCUUGGUGCGAUUUGACGCAUUCGAUGCCCUCGAUUGUCAACAAUCUCAAGUUUGACUAUUUAGACAUGAAAGGCACGCCAUCCGAGGACCCAGAAGAACCAACCGCCAUAUCUUCUGCACCAUUUCCCCCCGGCUCCGUCUGGCCCGUCGAUCCUCCUCGAUUAAACAUGUUCACAGAUGCCAAUAUGAUGCUUCAUCCGCUUGUAUCGCCAAUGGCCGCAAAGCCUGAGCUGUGGGAAGGUGCACCCCCCGUGCUCAUUUCCACAGGAGAAGAGCUGCUCACGGACGAAAGCUUUGUUGUGGCACGCCGCAUGCAUCGGGCCGGAGUGAAUGUGGUGGUUGAUCAAUUUGAGGGGAUGCCUCAUUGUCAUGCCAUGAUCAUGAUGUCCACGGCGACAGGGAAACAAUUCUUCAAGAACGUCGCCGGGUUCUGCCUAGACGCUGCAGCUGGCCGUGUCAAGUCUACGGGGCAGGUUAAUUGGUACGGUCAGGGUCUGAAGACUUCUCGUGAGAUCCCACUUGCGGAAGUCGUGGACCUGGACGAAGAUCGUGUCGAUGCUCGAAUGAGCAAGUCUGCUAGUUGGUUGGUGCGUGACGAGGAGGCGCUGCGGAAGGAGUGGCGGGCACAGGCAAAGCUUUGA